AAAAGGCAUUGAAGUGAUGUUUGCUCCGCACCCUUGCCCCACGUGGACCCUUGAUUGGGAUUCUCUUCCUGCCGCCGCGAGCCCAAAGGAAGAUGCCCCCAUGCAAGGAGAAGAUGAAAGGCAUCAGGAAGCAUCCUCCCGCAGAGUGCCUCUACCUCAGCUUCUCCCACCAGUCCGAGGGCUGCGUCUUCCCACUGCACACAGCCGUGAGCUUGUUCCUCUUGGCCUACUGUGACUGCAAAGUCUUUAAGGUUUACUUGGUUCUCACCGAAGACAGUGAGGACCUUUCACGGCCCAAAAGUCCCCUGGCCCAGGGUGUUCAAACCCAUGUCAUCUCACGGCACGAGCUGCCCCCCAUAGUCCAGAACUGCCGUUUGCCUGCAGUGGUGGAAAAACCUGACAAUUUCUGUAGAGCUGGACUUGCUGUUGUGCUAAGACACAUAAUCCAAACGUCCUACGACAUGGACCCCUCAAGGAAGGAGAUCCUGGAGCUUCUGGGCUUCAAGAAGACCUGCCUGAAAGCAUGUGCUGAAGUCAGCCAGUGGACGCGACUCUGUGAGCUCACCGUCCCCCUGGCCAUUGAGAGUUUCCUGCAGGGGUCCCCACAGCCCCUGAGCAUCCCCACCGAGCUGCAGCAGCUGGAGCGGAAGCUGAGGGAGCCAGUGCGGGUGCACAACGACGACAAGCUGCGGCGGCAGAAGCUGAAGCAGCAGCAGGCCGAGGGCCCCUGUCCCGCCCAGCCCCAGCACCCCGGCGCGGCCCCCAACCUGGAGCUGCAGGUGGCCUUCUCCAAGCUGGGGGUGCAGGAGGAGCCGGCCGCUGCCAGGAGGGAGCCGCCCCACGUCCGCAAGGCCCGGGCCUCGGAGCUGCCCCCGCUGGAGCACGUGUUCGCCGAGGGCCUGUACUUCACGCUGGCCGACAUCGUGCUCCUGCCUUGUGUCCACCUCUUCCUGGUCACCAUCUGUAAGAAGCUUUCUGAGAAGCUGGUGGAAUUCCCACUGCUGACUGCAUGGUACCAGCGGGUUCAGGAGGUGCCACGCGUGAAAACAGCAGCUUCUCAGUGCGGGAUCCAUUUCCUCCACUUGCCGGAGUCGCUGUCCUCUGCACAGGAGCAGCACCCCGAGUUUGUGGAGACCCUGGGUGCAGAGGAACCAGAGGAGCAAAGUGAGCCUCCGUUUAUAGGCGGGCCGAGACCAACGAUGACAAAGUUAAGGAAAUUCGAAUGGCAAAAAAGGCACGUGAGAAAAUGCUCUACAUCACUAAUCAUCAGAGAGAUGCAGAUUAAAACCACAAGAGAUAUCGUUUCACACCACAGAGACUGGCCCACAUCCACAAGAACAAAAGCAACAGGUGCUGGCGCGGCUGUGGUGAGAAAGGGACCCUCCUUCACUGCUGGUGGGAAUGCAGGCUGGUCCAACCCUUUUGGAAAACAGUAUGGACGAUUCUCAAAAAAUUAGAAUUCGAUCUCCCAUUUGACCCAGCUAUAGCACUCCUGGGAAUAUAUCCCAGAGAGGCAAAAAGGUAUAGUCGAAGUGACAUCUGCAAUUGUUUGUUCAUUGCAGCACUCUUUACAAUAGCCAGAAUCUGGAAAAAACCUGAGUGUCCGAGAACAGAUGACUGGUUAAAGAAACUUUGGUACAUUUACACAAUGGAGUACUAUGUAGCUGUUAGAAAAGAUGAAGUUAUGAAAUUUACAUACAAGUGGUACUACAUGGAAAGUAUCAUGUUAAGCGAAAUGAGUCAGAAAGAGCGGGAUAGACACAGAAAGAUUGCAUUCAUCUGGGGAACAUAAAGCAACAAAGCGGGAGACUAACACCCAGGAAUGGCUCAGAUCAGUACCAGGAAUUUUGCUCCAUGACUUGAAGGCCAGCCACAUGUGCUAGGUGAA